AUGAGAAGACGUCCCAAAGAUUUCACGUUCCACGUUACACAGGCUCUCAAGGGACAUGGGUGCUUCAGGGACUAUUUGCACCGGAGGAAUCGCGCCCCUGAUUCAGCUUGCCUCUACUGCCAGCAUCCGACGGAUACUGCAGAACACACCAUUUUGUACUGCACUCAUUGGAAACCAACGCGACUAGCAGUGAACAAGUUCGUAGGUAGCCGAAACAUUACUCCAAGUGAUGUACAGGACAUGCUGUGUGGUCCCACUGACGUCCCGAUUUGCAUGAGCGAGCGAAUAAUGGCUGCCUCUCAACGCGCCACGCAAGCUUUUUAUGAAAUGGUCGAAGAUAUUCUUAGCUGCAAAGAGCAAGAUGAGAGGCUAGCUGAGGCCGAAGCAAGAGCUGCUCCGUGA